UUGAAGGAGUGAUGAGUGAAACAGUUUAUUUUACCGCUAAACAAGUUAUUUUGAUUAAACUGAAGUCAACCGCAGAGAAAAUUUUUGGUUUGUGUAAAUAAAUUGUAAUAAUUUUGAAUUUAGAAAUAUUUCCGCGAGUGCUUUUUAAGAAAUUUAGUGAGUCAUGGACCUCCUUCUCAGGACUACUCCGCUAUCUUUAUUCUUAUUUUUUUGAACUUUUUAGGAACGCAAGACUCGAAGGAUCAUACACGAGGACAGAGAGCAGCCGGCAGGCCCUUUCCAAUGCACAACAGAACAGUGAAGAUGACAACAUGGUUCCUGUGCUAAGCUCCAAAAAAGCGAGUGAACUGCCCGUCAAUGAAGUGGCGUGCGCUCUUCAGGCCAACCUUCAGUAUGGGCUGAGCGAUGAGGAAGUGGUGCGCCGCAGGAUCUACCAUGGCUGGAACGAAUUUGACAUCAGCGAAGAGGAGCCAUUGUGGAGGAAGUACAUCUCCCAGUUUAAAGAUCCGCUCAUCCUGCUGCUGCUGGCUUCAGCCGUCAUCAGCGUUCUCAUGCGCCAGCUUGAUGACGCCAUCAGCAUCACUGUGGCCAUCAUCAUUGUAGUGACCGUCGCGUUCGUCCAGGAGUAUCGCUCGGAGAAGUCUCUAGAGGAGCUCGGCAAGCUGGUUCCUCCGGAAUGUCACUGUGUCAGGCAAGGUCAGCCGCAGCACAUGUUGGCCAGAGAACUGGUGCCUGGAGACACCGUCUGUCUGUCAGUGGGGGAGAGGGUCCCGGCAGACCUCCGCCUCUUUGAGGCCAGCGACCUUUCUGUGGACGAGUCCAGUCUGACAGGGGAGACGGCGCCUUGCUCAAAGUCCACCACGCACCAGCCGGCGGCUACCAAUGGAGACAUCGCUUCCCGCAGCAACAUCGCCUUCAUGGGCACACUGGUGCGCUGCGGCCGAGCCAAGGGAAUCGUCAUCGGAACAGGAGAGAACUCAGAGUUUGGGGAGGUGUUCAAGAUGAUGCAAGCAGAGGAGGCUCCGAAGACGCCACUGCAGAAGAGCAUGGACCUCCUGGGGAAGCAGCUGUCGCUUUAUUCCUUCGGCAUCAUCGGGGUCAUCAUGCUAGUGGGCUGGCUGCAGGGAAAGAGGAUCCUGGACAUGUUCACCAUCGGCGUUAGUCUGGCGGUGGCGGCCAUUCCUGAGGGUUUACCCAUUGUGGUGACGGUGACGCUGGCGCUCGGCGUGAUGCGCAUGGUGAAGAAAAGGGCCAUCAUCAAAAAGCUUCCCAUCGUGGAGACGCUGGGCUGCUGCAACGUCAUUUGCUCAGACAAAACCGGAACACUGACCAAGAACGAGAUGACCGUCACGCAGAUGUUCACGGCUGAUGGCCUCCAUGCUGAGGUGACGGGCGUGGGAUACAACGGGGCUGGGGAGGUCCUGGUGGACGGAGAGGUGGUACAUGGAUUUUCCCAUCCAUCAUUCAGCAAGAUUGUGGAGGUCGGCUGCGUGUGUAACGACUCUGUCAUCAGAAACGAAACUCUGCUGGGACGGCCCACAGAGGGAGCACUCAUCGCCCUUGCCAUGAAGAUGGGGCUGGAGAGCCUGCAGCAGGAGUAUGUCCGCCAGGAGGAGCAUCCCUUUACCUCGGAGAAGAAGUGGAUGGCGGUGCGCUGCGUUCACCGCACACAGCAGGACAAGGCGGGGGUCUUUUUCGUGAAGGGCGCCUACGAGCAGGUGAUCCGCUUCUGCCGCUCCUACUACAAUAAAGGAACUGCACUUCCGCUCAACCACCAGCAGAUGGAGCUCUACCAGCAGCAGAUCAGUUACAUGGGUACUGCAGGCCUCCGAGUCUUGGCCUUCGCCUCUGGUCCGGAGAUGGGCAGUUUGACCUUCCUGGGGCUGGUUGGCAUCAUCGACCCUCCCAGGUCAGGGGUCAAAGAGGCCGUGGCCGCUCUAAUCAGCUCUGGCGUCGCCAUCAAGAUGAUCACUGGUGACUCCCAGGAGACUGCUGUGUCCAUCGCCAGUCGCCUGGGCCUCUCCUCCAAAGGAUGUCAGUGCCUGUCAGGGGACGAAGUGGACCACCUCGACCUGCAGCAGCUCUCUCGUGUCGUCCCCCGAGUCUCAGUGUUCUACAGAGCUAGUCCCAGACACAAGCUAAAGAUCGUCAAGAGUCUCCAGAACAUCGGCGCCGUGGUGGCCAUGACAGGCGAUGGCGUGAACGACGCCGUUGCUCUGAAAGCGGCCGACAUUGGUGUGGCCAUGGGCCAGACGGGCACCGACGUUUGCAAGGAGGCGGCUGACAUGAUCCUGGUCGACGAUGACUUCCAGACCAUCAUGUCGGCCAUCGAGGAGGGAAAAGGCAUCUACAACAACAUCAAGAACUUUGUGCGUUUCCAGCUGAGCACGAGUAUCGCCGCGCUGACUCUCAUCUCCUUGGCGACGCUGAUGAACUUCCCAAAUCCGCUGAACGCCAUGCAGAUUCUGUGGAUCAACAUCAUCAUGGACGGGCCGCCCGCACAGAGGUACGGGAGCGGUGGCGCGGCUCCACGCGUUGCGGCAUCACGUUGUAACCUCUGUUCUGUCAGUUUGGGCGUAGAACCCGUGGACCGCGGCGUGAUCCGGCAGCCUCCUCGGAACGUGAAAGACAGCAUCCUCACACGCAGUCUCAUCAUCAAAGUUCUGGUGUCGGCCUUCAUCAUCGUCUGUGGGACGCUCUUCGUCUUCUGGAGAGAGUUGCAAGACAACGUGAUCACUCCUCGGGACACCACCAUGACAUUCACGUGCUUCGUCUUCUUCGACAUGUUCAACGCGCUCAGCUCUCGCUCGCAGACACGUAUGGUCCACGAGAUGGGUCUGUGCAGCAACAGAACCUUCUGCUUUGCUGUGCUGGCGUCCAUCAUGGGUCAGCUGCUCGUCAUCUACUUCCCGCCUUUGCAGAGCGUCUUCCAGACGGAGAGCCUCAGUUUCUUCGACCUGCUCUUCUUGGUGGCGCUUACAUCGUCGGUGUGCGUGGUGUCGGAGGCCAUUAAGAAGUUGGAGAGGUUGCGACGAGCCGAGACAAGCCCGCCCACAGACUGCUUCCACGAGGUAUGACGUACUGGUGCCUCCCCUCCGGAGGAUGAAGGUGACAGUCUGAGGGCUUGAAGGACAAUAUAAAAAAGACAAUAUGGCUGAACUCCCCCAUCCCACACACGUUCCUGCUCUGUCCUGCCCCCACCUCGUUGACUCCCCUGACCACUACUGAUCCUGCUUCCGGGAGGUCAAAGACUGCGCCACACCAGAAAGGGAACACGGGUGGAAUACUUUUCACUGCACACAUGCUACCGCUUCGAUUGACUCUGAUGGCGUCGUGAGAAGGACUUUUACAAAAGGCGCAGCAGGCAGGUCUCGCUCACUCGCUGUCACUCAUGAGCUGGAGAGGUUUAGCCCAGGAUGUCAAGCAGGUGUCUUCAGGGUCCAAGUGCCCGCCCGCCCUGGUCGUCCUGUGCCUUCAUCGCCGCGCUCUUUUUUUCUUUUCCCCCAGCGCUUUGGAAAUUUUUUGGGUGAAAAGGAAGAAAGUAAUUUUUUGUUUUAUAGCGUUACAAUAGAAUAAACCAAAUCUAUUUUACAUAGCUUCAUUAUUAUUACGUAUAAAUAUGACUUAUUUAAAUCAUUUUCUGAAGACGAUCUAUUUCUGCCUUAUGAAACGCUAGCGUUGAGUCAUGUGACCUGUCCAGCCAGGUGUACUUUCCUUUGAUCAGGUGUCCUUUCCUUUUUGAUCAUGUGACCUGUCCAGCCAGGUGUUUCGUUGCCCUGGAGACUCCACUUCCGGAGCAUUCCACCAUGUCUGCUGCAGUUCCUGACAAAGCACGUCAGCCGCCCAUCCAUUGCAAGGUUCUAGAAUGUUCUAGUAUGCCAGGACUACUUUUAUAGCUGUAGAUGUUUACCCAAAAGGUGAAAUGGUAUAAAUCUAUAUUUUUAAAAGUUGUACAACUGUGGUUCUUCAUGAAGAAUGAAGUUUUAAUUUUAUUUUCUACGUGUGAUCAUGAGCUUGUGUCUUUUAUUUAUUUUGUGUCAAAUGUACAAUAAAAAAACGAUCUUUUCAAAA